AGAGAGAGAGAGAGAGAGGAAAGCUGAAAGCUAAACAAAUCAUGACACCAGAGAACUUGAUGGGGGGACAUCUGGAAAAGUGCACCGUCCCCUAAUAAAUUAUAUGAAAAUUACUAGGAUCAGUGGGAGACUUUAGUAAUUUACUAUGAAUAUCUAGUAUAUAAUUAUUUAUUCAUUUAUUAUGUAUUUAUUAUUGUCAUUAUGACUUUUCUUCAUGCCAAUUUGCUGCCCAUCCUCCAAUCCAGCAGGUGGCGGUAAUGCACCUUCAGUUGGUUUGCCAACCGCCAUUAAAACCAAAAGAAGACGGAGAAGAAGACGAAAAGCGCACGUGCGAGAGAGAGAGAGAGAGAGAGAGAAAAUGGAGGAGAAAUAAAGAGUAUAACCCAGAAGAAGAGCGGAGUUUUAUUUAAACCGGUUGAGGAUUUUAAUCUCCAGGUUUUGGAGUGUAAACACACUGUUUAUGUUGAAGACACCUUUCAGCGCGACAGUGACCCAUAUUGAGCGGAUUCUCUCCGGGGAACUCGGUCUUAUUUGAGCAGACAGGUUUCCUCUGAAUAAAGAGGUCGUGUGAGAUGUUUGUGGAGGAAUAGAGACUUCAGGAAGCGUUUAUCCACCUGGAGGAGAAGUUCUUCUCUUCGUUCCGGUGGAUUGGUUGAAGGAUUCCAGCACGGAUGCUGGUUAAAUCCAUGUGAGGCCUGUACAGAAGUCUGGAGUGUUCAUGAGUUCCUGAAACUUCCACACGAGGUCUUUGAGCUCCAACUACAGGAACAUCUCAAAAAACUACAAUAUAGAGGAAAAGUUAAUUUUUUACCCCAGAAAAGAAAACAGAUCUCUCUCUCUCUCUCUCUCUCUCUCUCUCUCUCUCUCUCUCUGUCUGUUAGUGUGUGAGUUCAGGAAAAUGGCCGAGGCCAGUAUUUCAGUAGAUCAGGACCAGUUCAGCUGUCCAGUGUGUUUGAAUCUCCUGAAGGAACCGGUGGUGAUCCCCUGUGGUCACAGUUUCUGUAACGUGUGUAUUAAUGACUGCUGGGAUCAGGAAGAUGAGAGCGGAGUGUAUCGCUGUCCUCAGUGCAGAGACACUUUCACUCCGAGGCCUGUUCUACGCAGAAACAACAUGCUGGCUGAAGUGGUGGAGAAACUGAAGACUGAAGUUCAAGCUGCUUCUCCUGCUCACUGUUACGCUGGACCUGGAGAUGUGGAGUGUGAUUUCUGCCCCGGGAGAAAACACAAAGCCGUCAAGUCCUGUCUGGUGUGUGUGGCUUCUCUUUGCGAAACUCAUUUAAAACCUCAUCUUGAAAUUCCUGCUUUGAAAAAGCACAAGUUAGUCGAAGCUUCUGGAAAUCUCCAAGAGAAGAUCUGCUCUGAGCAUGAUAAAGUGCUGGAGGUCUACUGUCGUACUGACCAAAGCUUCAUCUGUUAUCUGUGUAUGACGGAUGAACACACAAGCCACGACACCGUCUCAGUUAAAGCGUACAGAUCUGAAAAACAGAGUGAGUUAAAGGAGGAGCAGAUGAAAUCCCAGCAGAGAAUCCAGGAGAAGCAGAAGAAGGUGCAGGAGCUGAAACAGGCUGUGAACACUAUAAAGCUCAGUGCACAGACAGCAGUGGAGGACAGUGAGAGGAUCUUUACUGAGAUGAUCAGCUCCAUGGAGAAAAGGCGCUCGGGGGUGACGGAGCUGAUCAGAGCUCAGGAGAAGGCUGAACUGAGUCGAGCUGAACGACUCCUGGAGCAACUGGAGCAGGAGAUCGCUGAUCUUCAGAGGAGAGUCACUGAGCUGGAGCAGCUUUCACACACACACGAUCACCUCCACUUCCUCCAGGAAAUAAAGGUUUUAGUCUCCGGCCGUUGCUCUCCCGAAAUGAUUACACCAGGUUUUCAGUCUGAUCUCUGUGAGGACUCGCGCAGCAUCACUGUCAGUAAACAUCUCUCAUUUGAUGGAGUGAGGGAAUCUCUCUCUGCUCUGAAAAAGAGACUCGAGGAAUUCUGCCAGGAGGAAUUCAUCAGAAUCCCUGAACUUGCUGCAGCAGUUCACAUCAUUUUACCCCCAGAUCCAAAGAGCAGACAAGACUUUCUGCAGUAUUUCUGUGAUCUGACUCUGGAUCCCAACACAGUACAUUAUUACCUCAUUCUGUCUGAGAGGAACAGAGCGGUGACGUACAGUGGGAGAAAGCAGCAGUACUCUGAUCAUCCAGAGAGAUUUGACUACUGGGAGCAGGUGUUGAGUAAGGAGAGUGUGUGUGGACGCUGUUACUGGGAGGUGGAGAGGAGCGGUGCUGAUAGUGUGUACAUAUCAGUCUCAUAUAAAGACAUCAGCAGGAAAGGAUCGGGUAAUGAGUGUGUUCUUGGAGGCAGCGAUCAGUCCUGGAGUCUGUGGUGUUCUUCUUCUUCUCUCUUUUUCUGUCACAACAACUUUAAGACUGCACUCGGAGUUCCAUCGUCCUCCAGAAUAGGAGUGUAUGUGGAUCACAGUGCAGGAACUCUGUCCUUCUACAGCAUCUCUGACACGAUGAAGCUCCUCCACAGAGUCCACACCACUUUUACUCAGCCUCUAUACGCCGGGUUCUGGCUCGGGUCUUUUGGAUCAACUGUGAGAUUACGUGAUCCAGAAUAAAAUAUCAGAAAUGUGAUUUUAUUGAAUUAAAAUGAGCAACUUUACUUUUUUAUAUCAAGCUUAAUUCCAGUGUAAUAUGAGGCAUUUAUUUGUGAUUUCCCAAUUUUCCUUUAUAACGUUAGAUCUUUCCUCUGUCUUUUAGGAGAUUUCAGUAUUACACAGUAAUGCUUGAAAGUUUGUGAACCCUUUACAAUUUUCUAUGUAUCUGCAUAAGACCUAAAUCAGAACCGAUUUUAUUUACCGAUUAUUCUCAUGAUCAAUGCAACCGGAGUUGCAUUGAUCAUGAGAACAGUGAGGAAUCAUCCCAGAACUACACGGGAGGAUCUUGUCAAUGAUCUCAAGGCAGCUGGGACCAUAGUCACCAAGAAAACAAUUGGUAACACACUACGCCGUGAAGGACUGAAAUCCUGCAGCGCGCGCAAGGUCCGCUGCUCAAAAAAAGCACAUAUACAUGCCCGUCUGAAGUUUGCCAAUGAACAUCUGAAUGAUUCAGAGGACAACUGGGGGAAAGUGUUGAGGUCAGAUAAGACCAAAAUGGAGUUCUUUGGCAUCAACUCAACUCGCCGUGUUUGGAGGAGGAAUAAUGCUGCCUAUGACCCCUGGAAUACCAUCCCCACCAUCAAACAUGGAGGUGGAAACAUUAUGCUUUUGGGGGUGUUUUUCUGCUAAGGGGACAGGACAACUUCACCGCAUCAAAGGGACGAUGGACGGGGCCAUGUACCGUCAAAUCUUGGGUGAAAUCCUCCUUCCCUCAGACAGGGCAUUGAAAAUGGGUCGUGGAUGGGUAUUCCAGCAUGACAAUGACCCAAAACAAUGGCCAAGGCAACAAAGGAGUGGCUCAAGAAGAAGCACAUUAAGGUCCUGGAGUGGCCUAGCCAGUCUCCAGACCUUAAUCCCAUAGAAAAUCUGUGGAGAGAGCUGAAGGUUCGAGUUGCCAAACGUCAGCCUCGAAACCUUAAUGAUUUGGAGAAGAUCUGCAAAGAGGAGUGGGACAAAAUCCCUCCUGAGAUGUGUGCAAACCUGAUGGCCAACUACAAGAAACGUCUGACCUCUGUGAUUGCCAACAAGGGUUUUGCCACCAAGUACCAAGUCCUGUUUUGCAGAGGGGGUCAAAUACUUAUUUCCCUCAUUAAAAUGCAAAUGAAUUCAUAACAUUUUUGACGUGUGUUUUUCUGGAUUAUUUUGUUGUUAUUCUGUCUCUCACUGUUCAAAUAAAUCUACCAUUAAAGUUGUA